AUGCGCGGCUUCCCCCUCCGUCGGGCGUUUCCUUGUAAGAGUUUGAAACGGUUGCUUCCAGAUACUUCGUCUCUCCACUUGACUUACGUGACCACCCCAUGCCCGAAUUCACUGUUUCAUUGGCUUCCGAAGGAGCUGGAACCGCAUUUUCUGUCCUACAAGAAGCAGCUUCUGGAGGAGUAUGAUCGGCUUACUAAUUCUAUAUCAAGUAGUAUAGAAAACAGUGAAAUCAAACAUAUUGUCCCCCGUUGGGAGGUACUUCGUCCUAUUGCUGAGAUUUUUGAAGAGUUAGAUGUUCUACUACAAGCGGAUGCGGAUAUUCAGCAACUCAUUGCCGAUGUCACCGGUGCGGAGGAACCGGAUGAAGAGGAGUCACAGUUAUGUGAACUGGCACGGGUGGAACGAGAGCGGGGUAUGGCUCAUCGUCAGUCCUUGGAACAAAAGUUGCUUCAACUUAUCGCACCUAUCGACUCUUCGUUUUACCUUCCUGGUGCGCGUUUGGAACUGAUCUCCGGCGCUGGUGGUCUCGAGGCCGGAUUGUUUGCUCGCGAGCUGCUAGACAUGUAUCGCAACCUGGCGUUCAACCGUGGAUGGCAGUUCACCGUGGUCCACGAGACAAACAUGACCGGGGAGGAGUCCUGUGGACCAAAUCACGAAGCUCCUUUGGCUGUCGCCAGAGUGGAAAUUGUCGGCGAGCCGUCAUCAGCCGCCAUACAAGAUUGUCGCUCUCUCGGGGCUUAUGGGCAACUGCGUUGGGAGGCUGGCGUACAUCGUGUGCAGCGAAUUCCUGUGACGAGCAAACAUCACAAAAUACACACGAGCACAGUUGCGGUGUCCGUACUCCCCUUGGACGAUGAAGUUUCUAUUGACUUUCACGACGAUGAUCUAAAGUGGGAAUUCUUUCGGUCAUCUGGGCCAGGUGGGCAACACGUGAACCGAACCGACAGCGCUGUCCGUCUCACGCAUCUGCCAACUGGCACCGUCGUUGGGUGUCAACAAGAGCGUUUUCAGCACAUUAACAAGCGUCUGGCUUUGGAAAUGCUCAAAGAGAAACUGCUCUCGAAGCGGGUGAAAUCACGGGUAGAAACUGAGAACAUUUUACGGCGUUCACAAAUUGGUCACCUGGAUCGAUCGGAGAAAAUCCGCACGUACAACUUCCCCCAAGAUAGGAUCACUGAUCACCGACUCUCCCGAACUUGGAGCGGCAUACACUGGUUCAUGCGACAAACAACUGGUCUUUCGGAGGCCAUUCAGGCAUUUUUAGAUGUGCACCAAGCAGAAAGAUUGAGAAACAUAUUACUAAAUUACGAACCAUCCAAGCAAUCA